UCAUCUGGCACGACAGCGGGCACCGAGUCAUCUGGCACGACAGCGGGCACCGAGUCAUCUGGCACGACAGCGGGCACCGAGUCAUCGGGAAAGUCAGCGGGCACCGAGCCACCGGGUAAGUCAGCGGGCAUCGAGUCAUCGGGCACAUCAGCGGGCACCAAGCCAUCUAGCAGAACCGCGGGCACUGGGUCACCAAGCUCGACAGCGGGCACCGAGUCAUCUGGCACGACAGCGGGCACCAAGUCAUCUGGCACGACAGUGGGCACGGAGCCACCGGGCACGUCAGCGUGCACGGAGUCAUUGAGCACGUCAGUGGGCACCGAGCCAUCUAGCAGAAGCGCAGGCACCGGGUCACCAAGCUCGACAGCGGGCACCGAGUCAUCUGGCACGACAGCGAACACCGAGUCAUCUGGCAGAACCGCGGGCACCGGGUCACCAAGCUUGACAGCGGGCACCGAUCACAAACACCGGGUCAUCAGGCUGGAUCGGGUCAUCAGGCUGGAUCAGGCUGGAUCGGGUCAUCAGGCUGGAUCGGGUCAUCAGGCUGGAUCGGGUCAUCAGGCUGGAUCGGGUCAUCAGGCUGGAUCGGGUCAUCAGGCCGAUCGGGUCAUCAGGCCGGAUCGGGUCAUCAGGCAUCAGGGCAUCAGGCUGGACAACAGAAGG